GCCACGACCAACUUGAAUGACAAGUUUAUCGGAAUUACUUUAAAUUUGUUGUUGUUUAAUUUGAUAUUAACUUCUAGACCAAUAGUAAUGGGUGCACUGCAAGUCUGGAGUAUUGUAGUUAUACUGUAUCAAACUAUAAUUUCCGUCCUAAUCAGCUGGUGGACUCUCGACUGUCGCUUUACGCCGGAUAGCUCAGAACUUCAUGAGGUGACAUUAAUGAAACUUCUUUAUCUGUAUGACCCAGAGGCUUGUGGCAGGAUUUACUUUUACAACAUAUCGAUCCACCACGACUAUGAAUACUAUUCGACUAUCAUUUGGCCAAUUAAAAACGAUGUCGCUUCAAGUUUUCGAAGGAAAAUUCGUUUAUGGCUCAGUAUUCACGUGGUCUGGUUGUUUCUGAGUAUCGUCAACGUGACCCAUGGUCAGAGGUCCUGUGGUUUCUACGCUGUGUUACUACCAUUCACACUCACGGGCAUCACUUCUCUUUUGGUUGACUUAAUAUUCAUGAGCAUUUUCUUAAGAGAUAUCGAAGUGACUAAUACUGAAAUCGCAAUACUACAGUACAUUUCUGAACCUGGAAGCUUUUACUGGAUCAACAAACCGUUUCCCUGGAAGUAUGCACUCGAACGUGAUGAAGACACGUCCUGGAUCUCUCUUCUAUUCGCAUACAUCAGUUGCAGAGGAAUUGUUCAGUGGUUUAUUAACUUCUGGCUUGUGAAAGAUAACUACAGUGAUGGUAUUGCCGCUUACCACCGUCUCCAAAAAGAAAAAACAAGAGCGGUGUCGAAGGUUUGAAGCACAGAAUGUGCUGUGAAUGUGCAUAUAAUUUUCAAGUUUACUAAAUCUACGCAUUUCACGUCAAUAGUCAAAAUUUAAAGCGGGUUAAUCUGUGAUGCGCAAUUACUUAUAUAACAACAUUAUAUACUAAAACUUUCGAAAUGCGUUGUAUCUUCUGGUAUAAGUUUUAUAUAUAUUGCUUUUGUAGUUUUAAAGUUAUAGAAAAGUCUACUCACUAGUA